GGCCGCCCAGCCUGCUCCGGGCCCUCCUUGCUGGGUCUACUCUGACACGGUGUCCUCCUGCCCGAGAGAGGGGAAGCAGAUUCCAGGACACCUCUGUGACCAGACCAGAAUCCUGCCACCCCAGAUCCUUCCCCAGGAUGGACACGGGGCCCAGCUCCUGGCCCCACCUUGGCCUGAACCUGCUGCUGCUCCUGCUGGCGCUGCCACUGGGGGGCCAGGCCAGCACAGGCUGCUACGGGAUCCCCGGGAUGCCGGGCCUGCCAGGGGCCCCGGGGAAGGAUGGGCACGAUGGGCUGCCGGGGCCCAAGGGUGAGCCAGGAAUCCCAGCUAUCCCUGGAACACGAGGACCCAAGGGUCAGAAGGGAGAACCCGGCACACCUGGCUAUCCUGGGAAAAACGGCCCCAUGGGAACCCCUGGGAUCCCAGGGGUUCCCGGCCCUGUGGGACCCCCUGGGGAGCCGGGCGAGGAGGGCAGAUACAAGCAGAAGCACCAGUCUGUGUUCACCGUCACACGGCAGACAGCCGAGUACCCCCUGGCCAACAACCUGGUCAAGUUCAACACAGUCAUCACCAACCCGCAGGGGGAUUAUGACACCAGCACUGGCAAGUUCACCUGCAAAGUCCCGGGUCUCUACUACUUUGUGUACCACACGUCGCUGACAUCCAACCUGUGCGUGCAUCUGUACCGAAGUGGUACCAGGGUGACCACCUUCUGUGACCACCUGUCCAACAGCAAGCAGGUCAGCUCGGGCGGUGUGCUGCUGCGGCUGCAGAUGGGUGAACAGGUGUGGCUGGCGGUCAAUGACUACAACGGCAUGGUGGGCACCGAAGGCUCCGACAGCGUCUUCUCUGGCUUCCUGCUCUUUCCUGACUAGGGCAGUCAGGCCCACUCUCCGGCCCCGGGGCCGCCCUGCCCCUCCUCAGCUUCCCUGCAAGACCCGCUGUGCUCAGGCCGUUCUCUCCACCUGAUCCACUCUCCUCCAGGGAGCCCGCCCUGACACCCUGCACCAAGUUCUCUCCCUCCUCUGAGCUCCUUCAGGAGUCACUGCUUUGAGACCUUCACCAACACCAAUACUGUCAAUGGUUUGGUUUUUUUUUUCCCCCCAAGUCUUGGGAAAGGCAAGGAGAUAUAGAAAUAAAUAAAUAAAUAAAUAAACUGAUAAAUA